GUAUAAAUUACGAGGCACCUUGAACGUCACACACAGAUAAACAGACGUAGACAGCGUGCGGACCGAGGAGGCGGUCCUAACGACAGAGAGCCAAAGGCUAGAAUAGUUUCUGUUGUUUGUGUGGCUGUUGCGUCCAUGAAGGUCACGAGGCAUUCAGAUCUCUCCAAGCUGUCUGGACAUUAGUUGGAUGAUCAGCGUUUGCUCGGCAGCUCCUGACAAACUCUUCUGUGCACUAUGGUGUCAUACAAACGUCUGAACCCAGAAGAUGUCCACUUUUCCUCUGAACUUCUGCCUGAAGAACCUCGUGGAAUUCAGGAAGAUGCAGCAGUAUCAGAGCCAGAGGGGACGUUCUUGCUGCCACACAGACCGUCAUGCUCCAUCACCAAGGUUCUCCUGGUCGUUGGCUGCCUCCUGCUGCUUCUCAUGGGAGGCUGGCUGAUUGGGACUAUGUUCUGGCUUCACAGUCCUUCCAACCAGCAGCCGCACAAACCCCCGCCCCCGGCUCCAAAGCCAACAUCGAGCUCACCAGCUGAACUGAACGACACCUCAAGUGCCGCCCGGAGAGAAGCUUGCAGUGCGACCCCAGAGCCGCGGAGGUUCGACUGUUACCCCGAAAGAGACGUGGUUGUAACCAAAGAAAUGUGCGAGGCGAGGAACUGCUGUUUCAUCCCUGCUUCUGAUGCCGGGCAGACGAGGAAAAAUGGCGUCCCUUGGUGUUUCUACCCUCCGGAUUUCCCGUCUUACUCACUGGUGUCGAUAAAUGACACGCUGAUGGGGCAGAAAGGUAUUCUUGUGAAAGAGGUGAAGACCUACUACCCCGGAGACAUCCUCACCGUGGAGGUGGAGACACGGCAGGAGACAGACACACGUCUGCGCGUCAGAAUGACCGACCCUUCAAAUUCACGUUUUGAAGUUCCCAUCUCAGUUCCGAACCCCACCGAGAAGGCAGAGAAUCCUGGAUACGUGGUGGAGUUCUCCAAGCAGCCGUUUGGCAUCACUGUGAGGAGGAGAUCUACCGGAGCGCUGCUUCUGAACACCAGUGUGGCUCCUCUCUUCUAUGCGGACCAGUUCCUUCAGUUCUCCACCGUUCUCCCCACCCAGUUCAUCUAUGGUCUGGGGGAGCACCGCUCCACCUUCCUGCAUGACAUCAACUGGAACACCCUCACCAUGUGGGCCAGAGACGUGCCCCCCACGGAAAAGACAAAUCUUUAUGGAGUCCAUCCUUUUUAUCUGGCGAUGGAGGAAGACGGGAACGCUCACGGUUUUUUCCUGCUGAACAGUAAUGCGAUGGACGUGGUCCUCCAGCCGGCUCCAGCCCUCACCUGGCGCACCAUCGGUGGAAUCCUUGACUUCUAUGUUUUCCUCGGCCCUGAUCCUGGAUCGGUGGUUUCACAGUACUUGGAAGUGAUCGGAAAUCCAGCAAUGCCCAUCUACUGGGCGCUGGGGUACCAUCUGUGUCGCUGGGGCUACAACACCAGCAACUCUACCUGGGAGGUGGUCAAGAGCCUGAGGAACUAUGGAAUACCUCAGGACACCCAGUGGAAUGACAUCGACUACAUGAGCAAGUCCAUGGACUUCACGUAUGACUCUGAAAAGUUUGGGACGCUCCCAGAUCUCGUCAGGGACCUUCACGCUCAUAAUCAGACCUAUGUCAUCAUGCUGGACCCGGGCAUCAGCAGCACGCAGGCUGAGGGCUCAUACUGGCCUUUUGAUGAGGGGCUGAAGAGAGGAGUUUUUAUCAAGGACUCUGAGGGGAAAACGCUGAUAGGAAAGGUGUGGCCCGGCCUGACGGCGUACCCUGACUUCUCUAACGAAGUGACACACGACUGGUGGUUUGACAGCUUGCAGAAGUUCCACGAUAAGGUGCCGUUUGACGGCUUAUGGAUUGACAUGAAUGAGCCGUCCAACUUCCUGGAUGGGUCGACCAACGGCUGUCCGUCAAACAGUUUUGAGAACCCUCCCUAUACUCCAGGUGUGCUGGGAGGCUUGUUGCGAGCCAAAACGGUGUGUGCCACUGCACAGCAGAAAGUGUCCAUGCAUUAUAACCUGCACAGUCUCUACGGUCUUAUGGAAGCUAAAGCCUCUGCAAGCGCUCUAAAGAAACUUUUGUCAAAGAGAGCAUUUGUGAUCUCUCGCUCCACCUUCCCCAGUCAGGGUUUGUAUUCUGGGCACUGGCUGGGAGACAACAGGAGCCAGUGGAAAGACCUUUACACUUCCAUUGCAGGUAUUCUGACCUUUAACCUUCUGGGUAUUCCCCUGGUGGGGGCAGACAUCUGUGGCUUCAGUGAGGAGCCCCAGGAAGAGCUGUGUGUCCGGUGGACACAGCUGGGGGCCUUCUAUCCUUUCACCCGAAACCACAAUUCCAUUGGCAUGAAGCCUCAGGACCCGACGGCGUUCAGCCCGCUGGCGCGCACCGCCAUGAAAGAGGCUCUGCUGCUGCGCUACUCGCUCUUCCCCUUCCUCUACACUCUCUUUCAUCACGCACACGCGCACGGACACACUGUUGCUCGGCCCCUAAUGUUUGAGUUCCCAAAAGAUGUCAAAACGUAUGGGAUCGAUAAACAGUUCCUGUGGGGGAGGAGCCUAUUAGUGACACCAGUUUUGGAUCCUGGAGUGGACUAUGUGGUUGGUUACUUUCCAGCAGGUCUGUGGUACGACUACUACACGGGGGACUCUCUGCCUAGCAAAGGAGAAGAAGUCCGUCUCCAAGCCCCGCUGGAUAAGAUCAACCUCCAUUUACGUGAAGGCUCUGUGAUCCCAACACAGGCCCCUAAUCUGACCUUGUGGGUCAGCACCGGCCAGCCUCUUCAUCUAAUCUGUGCUCUGUCUGGCGAGGGUUCAGCCCACGGAGAUCUGUUCUGGGAUGACGGAGAAAGCAUUGAUACCUUUGAGACCGAUCAAUACUCCUACAUCAGCUUCAGCGUUGCUCAGAACAUGAUGACGUCCCAAGUGCUCAAGAGCGAGCGAGAAGCCUCAUUUCUGACUGUAGGAUCUGCCUCCUUCUAUGGGGUCAGUGAGAAGCCCAGCAGAGUUCUGGUAAACGCCAAAGAUCAUCCUUUCACCUACAGAGACAACCAGGUGUUGACUGUCACUGAUCUGAAUCUCAACCUCGUUCAGAACUUCACCAUCAGCUGGACUUAAAAACUGAUCACUUUCAUCGAUAGUAUCUCACAACAGCCGUCUGUUCAAGUGCACUAGAUCAAAAUGGUGAUGGCAGGAAAUCCGGCUGUUUUUCACCUGUUAAAGCCGAGUAACAUUGGAGGAUCACUGUGUUUUUCUAAUUUGAGAUGCCUACUCUAGAAUUCUUUGGUUCUCCCAAAAGAAGUUCUACAUUUGAGAUGACAAGUUGUUGUUCAUUCUUAAAUGUAUUUUGUUGAUUAUUCUUUUGCAUUUAUGUGAUCUUCAUGUAAAAAUCUUCAAAGAGACAAGAGCGUUGCAACAACCUGAUACUUCAGGUUUUAUCAAGUGUUUCCUUUCUUUGAUAAGAAAGACGGCGUGCAAUAAAUGAUGGGGGUGUGCUCCGUCCUGACAGUGUGACAAUGCCAGGCGUAGCUGCUCCCACCACAGCUUGGUAAACAAAGGUAGACGUGCCUCAAGUUAGUUUUUAGGUUCAUGUUUGAGUUUAAUGUGUUCUGCUUCACACUGUAGACCUGUUUUUAACACUGAAGACUGAAAGCUGGUUUCUGUAACAAGCCAUGCUUCUCGAUGUAAACAAUUUUACAAAUGUAGUCUUAACAGACCCCAACUGUCUUCGCUUCAUCUCUGCAAGUCAUUUGUGGGUUCAUGCAAAAAUAAUGUCUUCUUUUUAAUGAAUGCAGCAACUGAGAAAUUUUAGUAAACUCCUUUCAGUCUGAGGUUUUUUUUUUAUCUUUGGCUGUAAAUUAGAUGCUAAUUUUCUUGCUUUUAUUUUCUUGAGAAAAUUGUUUUUUUUCUGUUUUUAUUUUCAAUCAAAUGUGAAAGAUUUGUGUGAUGAAGGAAUGUUUGAAUAAAGGGUUUUGUUGUGA